UUUCUGUUCCUUUUUUUUAAUUCUUAUUUUAAAUUCGUUUUUGGGAGAGCGAUAAUUAACUAUGAAAUUUACCGAGCAUCUACAGGCUCAUUUAACUCCAGAAUGGCGUAAGCAGUAUAUUAAAUACGAGGACAUGAAACAUAUGCUGUACGCCAAGGAAAAAGAAUACACCGAAGGAGGUUUUAGCCAUGCUGAACAAGAACGUUUCCAGAUCAAUUUUGAUGAAGAAUUUUUUAAUUUUUGCGAGUCCGAACUUACCAAGAUUAAUACAUUCUUUGCGGAGAAGCUGGCAGAAGCUACUCGCAAGCUGGCCUCCUUGAAAUUUGAACUAAGCGUUUUUGCCGAAUCUUCUCCGGACACUAAAGGUGCUCACAAAUUGUGCGCCUCCCUCUACGCAUUGGACAAGAAUCGUCAUACCGCCGAGGCAGCCCGUGCUUCUCAGGGCUGGAUCCGUUGGCUUGCGCUCUCGGGAGAAAGUGGGAACGGGAAAAACAAGAAGAAAGCGGACGACCUCAAGCUAGCCUUCUCGGAGUACUACCUCAGUCUGGUGUUGCUACAGAAUUACCAACAACUCAAUUAUACAGGCUUUCGAAAGAUACUCAAAAAGCACGACAAGUUGUUUUCUACCGAUACUGGCAACAAAUGGAAAAUCCAAAACGUUGACAAUGCACCUUUCUACGUCAAUCAAGACAUAAACCGCUUCAUCCAAGAUGUCGAAACUCUGUACACGAAUGUUUUGGUUGCCGGUGAUAGGACGAAAGCCAUGAAAAGACUCAGGGUUCCACCACUCAGCGAACAAAAAUCUUUGUGGACUUCUUUUAGAUUGGGUCUUUUCUUGGGGAUGUUCGGAAUCCUGGUUAUAGUUAUCAUAUUAGCGGCAAUCUUCACAGAUCAUAAGAAUGAUUGGCGUCCGGCUGUCCGAAUUUUUCGAGGCGCAUUUCUCGUCGUUCUAUUCACUUAUCUCCUCGGCAUAAACACUUACGGGUGGCAGAGUGCAGGUGUCAAUCAUGUACUCAUUUUCGAAAUAGAUCCGCGGAACCAUCUUACCGACCAACAAAUACUCGAAAUCGCCAGUAUCUUGGGAGUAAUAUGGGCUCUGGCUGUGCUGGUGUACCUUUUUAGUGAACCGUUGCGUAUACCUGCCCUUCUGAGUCCGCUUGUACUGGUGGCCAUUUACAUCCUAUUUUUGCUUAACCCUACCCCUACUCUCUACUAUCGAUCUCGAUUUUGGCUACUUAGGAUAUUAUGGCGCAUAUGCAAUGCCCCGUUUUACCACGUGGGAUUCGCCGACUUUUGGUUAGCUGAUCAACUCAACAGUCUCGUGACCGUGUUUCUGGAUUUCGAAUAUUUGUUCUGUUUUUACGCUAUAGAGGUCGAAUGGUUGCCUGAGAGAAAAACGGGCGUUUGUUUCACGAACUCUUACGGCGUUCGGCCAGUCAUUGCCAUGCUUCCAGCUUGGUUUCGUUUUUUUCAAUGCCUCAGGCGUUACCGUGAUUCCAAACAAGCCUACCCUCAUCUGGUCAACGCAGGAAAAUAUUCCACAACGUUUUUCGUGGUUUUGUUUUCUACCCUUCACACCUUUCAACCUAAAAAAUCCCUGAGCAGUGACUUGACCCUGUACUUUUGGAUAGGUUCGGCGAUAGUUAGCUCGCUUUACGCCUACGCCUGGGAUAUCAAGAGAGAUUGGGGUUUGUUAGAGCCUAACACACCACCGGAGAAUAGAUUGUUGAGGGAGCAGAUGGUAUAUUCAAAAAAGUCCUAUUACUACUUUGCCAUGAUAGAAGAUUUAGUUCUUAGAUUCGCGUGGACCCUAACAGUAUCUGUCGGAAAGGAAGAGUUGCUCGAAGCGGAUAUUCUCAUUUCUAUUCUCGCUCCUUUGGAGGUCUUUAGGCGUUUCGUAUGGAACUUUUUUCGCCUCGAGAACGAACAUCUCAACAACUGCGGCCAGUUCCGGGCCGUUAGGGAUAUUUCGAUUGCACCCAUAGACAAGAAUGAUUUGGCUCUACUAGAGCGCAUGAUGGACGAGGAGGACGGGGUCGACACCCGUCCCAACUCUGCCACACCGCCCUUAUUCUCGCCUAGCAAAACCCGUUUCAACAAGCCGACCAUUCAUCCGUCUCCCGUCAAUAAAGCCAAAAAAUCCGUGGAUAUGAAUGCAUUCCUCCAGCCCGACUCAUCGUUCCAACCUAACGGGGAACUACCUCUACAAUCAUCCGCCUCCUCUCUGAACCCACAAAGUUUUGGUCGCAAUGAGGAUCUUUACUACCACUAUGAUCGACCUGACUACACGGACACGGUUGGCUCCGAUAUUUUCCGCCAGAUCUCCGCCGAUUGGCCCAUCCUCCCUUCCUCUACAAUAGCUAUCACGAACAAAGAUUUGAAUGCGGCUACAUCCAAUUCUACAAUCACUGCCACCUCGCGAGACCGCAAAGAUGACAGACUGUUUUGGGGGCUUUUCUCGCGCCGCGGUGAUGACCCCACCAAAACUCCUUCGGAUAGGGUCUCCGAACGAAACCCACAACCAGUUCAGACCAAGCGAUUGCUCUCCAUCUCCUCGGCCUCCAACCGCGACCUCAAUUCAAGUACUACAUCAAAAAUGAAUAAGAUGUCGUUAACGGAAACUGACGGAAAUAUAGAGGCAUCAGGUAGUCGAGAAUUAAGCGAUUACGAGAAAAGUUUCACUAGCAAAAUAGACGACGAUUACGACAGCGAUAUGCGAAAAGACGACAGCACGAUUGAUGGCAAAUGAUUUUUCACCUAGCAUGUCCAAUUUAUUUAAAACAACUAAAACCUUUGUUUUGGAGAAAAUGGACAGUCUAAAAAACCAAUCCAAAAAAGAUUCAUUAACACCUUGUGAAGCAAGGUUAAACUUCCGUCAUAUCCAAACAUCUUGACUGGAAAUAUGAACCUGGAAAAUAAUCCAUCUAACUACGUUAUAAUCAUAAAUCGUGAUGAUCUUUAAACUUGCUAGUAAAAUAAAUAUUUUUUUUACCAAGUUCCGCAAUAUUUUUGUUUUUUUUUAAAUUAUAUGAACGUAGGAUCUCAUGCAUGCAAUUUUAUAUUACUAAAUAUAAAGUACAUAACCUUUUAUUUUCAUUAUAUGUCUUGUUUUACUAAAUGAUUGUUUCUUAGGUUUUUACACAAACAAAUUACCCGUUGUAUACCAUUUAUAUAAAAAAAAUUGUAAAAUGUCACUUGUUUUUAUUUAACGUUAAAUUAUCCACCCCGAGGACAGAAUCCGCUACCCCUAACGUCUUUCACAAGCAUUUACUUUCCAACUAGCAAGAGAGAGGGGGGAGGGGCAUUGUCAUGUUAAUUUUAUGUAUGAAAUAUAUUAAUACUAUGUACAAAUGAAAUAUAUUAAUGCUAUGUAUGAAAUUUAUUACUUGUGAAUUCUUGUAUUCUAUGUGAUUAAAUUGUAUUUUUAUAAAUAAUAGAAGGUAAAAAAACAAAACAUACGGGAUUUUUUUUAAUUUGUAAACUUUAAUUUUAGUAUUUAUACUUAUUUACAAAAAAAAAUCCACAAUGCAUUUAAAAAAAUUGUAUUACGCGCAGCAUCGAAAAGCUUAAGUUGGGUCAGUUGGUUCCAAGGAUAAAUAUUUUUAAAUGAAAUUUUUAUUCAGAAUUAAAUAUUUUGUUGUUUUUUUAUAGUCACUGCACAUAUAUAUGUGAAAACAAAUAUGGUAUAAAAGAGCUAAUUGUAUCCUCUUUUACGGUAACUGAUUUUUUUAAAAGUUA